ACCAACAGCUAUAUGGUGAGGAUCGAGGCUGAGCUCGAGUUGCAGACGGCAUCUAGGUAGGGGAACUCGAGCGGAGGUGAAUAUGGAAAUGGCAAUUAGAUUUAUAAUUGCGGACUGAUGUAUCUUUAGUCUUGAAUUCCGUUUCCUGGUUGGAGGAUUGACACGGUACGAAAGAUGGCUACAAAAAUAUCGAAUGUUGUGUAUCGAGGUGCAAGGCAACCAGAGAUUACUACUAGACAGAUUCAAUAUCUUAUCAAGGAGCUGGUGUAUCUUAUAAGAUGUGGUAGUUCCGCUUCAUGACAUUCUUUCUACCUUGUGCUACUUUAGAUUAAAGAGUCUGCAAGUUUUCUUUCAUCUCUGCUUUUUUAUCAUCUUGUCUGUCGGUAAAGUUAAGGUGAAGUUUGAAAUAAGAGCUUGGACUCAUAAAACGUAUUUCACUUCCAUUGCUGUAAGAGCGUAUGUGAUUGUCGUGUCGACGGAACGAUAGGAUCCGACAGAACGUUUCUGAGGAAAGAGGUCUGAAAGUAUCGACUCGUUGUGUAAACCACGUGGAGAUUUCUUUCCUCUUCAAUUGAGAAGCCAAAUUGCCUCAAAUACUAUGAAUAUGUCACCACCUUACCCCCCAAAAUCCGCCGUCAUAGGCCUCACACCCACCCACCUAAUCGAUACACCCCUCACCACAAUAUUUAUGCUCCUCUUCCUCCUCUCCUCCAUCAUCCACAUGUCCCUCCUCCAGAUAAACUUCCGCCGCGGCCAAAAAUUCCUCAUGUCUGGCAUGGCAUUCGGCUUUUCCUUUUCCCGCGUCAUAACCUGCGCUCUUCGUAUCAUCUGGGCAUCCUACCCCUCCAACAUCCGUCUCGCGCUCGCGGCUCAAGUUUUCGUCGCUGCAGGCACAAUAUUGUUAUACCUCAUCAAUAUCAUUUUCACAAGUCGAUUAUUGAGGGCAUAUCAUCCGUGGGCAUGGAAACAAUCGGUCCGGACUUGUUUUCGCGUAGGGUAUGUGAGUCUGUUUGCAGGAUUGAUCAUAAAUAUAUCGGUUCUUGUCGAGAAUUUCUUUACACUAGAUCCACAUAUUUUGUGGACCGAUCGGGUUAUAGUAUUGGUUGUUAAUACGUAUUUUGCCAUCUUCGCAUUCGCUCCAAUUCCACUCCUGGCCUUACGGCUGCUUCUCCCUCGGAACCAGGUAGAAAAAUUUGGGACCGGGAAAUUGAGAACGAAAAUUCGAUUGGUACUGGGAACAUCGGUACUGCUUACUCUCGGAGCGGCUUUCAGAGCAGGGACGGCAUAUGUACCGAGAGCCAUCGAUGAUCCCGCGUGGUAUCAUGGUAAAGCAUGUUUUUAUAUCUUUGAUUUUGGGAUUGAGAUUGUGGUGCUUUUCUUAUUUGCGGUCAUGAGGGUGGAUAGGAGGUUUAUCGUUCCGAACCGAACAAAGGUGCAGGGAGAUUUCAGGAAAGGGGGAUUGGGAGGGAUGCCGUUGAAAGGUAAAGAAGGUGCGGGAGAAGUUAGGUGGGAGUGGAUGAGGGGCUUCAAGGGGGAAUGGAGAGAGUGGAGUGUUGAAGGGGAUGAUGAGUUAUUUCCGGAGAGGAAUAUCAAAGUUGAGGAUGGGGAGGCUGACGCAGAGACAGCAGUAGGUAGUAAUGCUAGUGGAGGGGUUACACCUGAAGCAGUGGGGAGUCGAGAGAAUGUUGAUAUCGAUGUCGAGAAAGGUAGUAAAUAAAUGAAACCGGUGACGCAGAAUCAGGCAUUUCUAGAUGAGAAUCCCAAGAUUGUGUAUUGGUAGUAUAUAAGGCAGCUAGGGACAAGAGGUAUAUAUCAGGGGAGGAAAUACUAGGGUGCAACUCGAAAGAUUUAUAUAGCAUAGCUAGCAAAUUCCGUAACUCAAUCUUUC